AAAUGCCCGGCGAAGCCACAGAAACCGUCCCGGCCACGGAGCAGGAGCUGCCGCAGCCCCAGGCGGAGACAGCUCUUCACGCUGCUCAUUCCCCACCUCUGACUCCAUCUCCAUCUGCCCAGGCUGGCCCGGCGCAGCCGCCCGGCGCCGCCGUGGCUCUGCCGGGCCCCGUGUCCCCCCCGGUGGUCCCGGCUGCCGCCAUCCCCGUCUUCUCCGUGCCCCCCCAGCCCCCUGCCCCGGCUCUGCAGGCCCCGGGGGGUUUUGCAGCCCCAGGAUCUCCAGGGCUUGCCCCGGUUAGCCCAGUGUCUCCAGUGUUCCCAGCUCCAGUGUCACCCGGCCUGGCCUCUGCUGCUGCUGCAGUGACAGUGGCUCCUCUUGUCCCCCCAGUGAGCCCCAGUUCUCUCCCAGCUGCUCUCACCUCUCCCAUGAAAACUGCUCCUGCUGCUGCCUCUGUGGGAGCUGCUCUGGCUCCUCUCCCUGUCUCUGGAGCAGCCCCAGCCCCUCUCCCUGCCUCUGGAGCAGCCCCAGCCCCUUUCCCUUCCUCUGGAGCAGCCCCAGCCCCUCUCCCUGCCUCUGGAGCAGCCCCAGCCCCUUUCCCUUCCUCUGGAGCAGCCCCAGCCCCUCUCCCUGCCUCUGGAAUAGCACCAGCCCCUCUCCCUGCCUCUGGAGCAGCCCCAGCCCCUCUCCCUGCCUCUGGAGCAGCCCCAGCCCCUUUCCCUUCCUCUGGAGCAGCCCCAGCCCCUCUCCCAGCCCCUGGAGCUGCCCCAGCCCCUUUCCCUUCCUCUGGAGCAGCCCCAGCCCCUCUCCCCACCUCUGGAGCUGCCCCAGCCCCUCUCCCAGCCCCUGGAGCUGCCCCAGCCCCUUUCCCUUCCUCUGGAGCAGCCCCAGCCCCUCUCCUACCUCCUCCACCCCGUCCCCUUCUGUCCUCUCCCCCACCAGUGCCUCCCAGUUUGCUGCCUGCUCCCGCUGUGGCAGUGUGUCCCCAGAGCCCGGGCUCACCCUCCCUUCCCGCAGUCCCGGUGUCACCUGGAAUUCCUGCUUCUGUUCCAGCCUCUCCCCGAGCCCCAGCUCCAACCCCAGCCCUGGUCGGUGCCAUCUCUCCCCCUGUCUUCCUGGCUGCCCCCAAAGCUCCCUUGUCACCCCCUAUCCCUCUGCUGCCAGCUGGGAUGUCCCCUGGGCAUCCAGCCCCUGGUGCCCCAGUCUCACCACUGGUCCCAGUUGCCAAGGCCUGUCCCGUGGGCCCUGCCCCGGUGGUCCCAGCUGUGGCACACCCAGUCCCUCCCUCGGUAGCCAGGAUCCCCCCUGGGAGCCCGGCCCCUCGGGCAGCCCCGGUGGCUCCUGCGCUGUCCUCACCUGCCCCGGGAGCUGCCGUGUCUGUCCCAGGGCCUCCAGCGAGCCCCGUGCUCCCAGCAGCAGCUCCUGUGCCUGCUGUCCCCUCUGCCAGCUGUCCCCCUGUCACACUGCCCAUGGCACCUCCAGCUACUCCUCCUGUGGCCAAACCAGCUCCUGCUGUCCCUGUGACACCACCCAUGGCACCUCUGGUCACCCCUCCUGUGCCUAAAACACCUCCUGCUGCCCCUGUGACACUGCCUGUGGCACCUCUGGCUCCCCCUCCUGUGGCCAAACCAGCUCCUGGGAACCCGGUCACUGCCCCCUCUGCCCCUGUGACACUGCCCAUGGCACCUCCAGCCACUCCUGCACCUAAAACUCCUCCUGCCACCCCUGUGACACCGCCCAUGGCACCUCCAGCUGCCCCUUCUGUGCCGAAACCAGCUCCUGCUGCCCCUGUGACACCACCCGUGGCACCUCCAGCCACUCCUACACCUAAAACACCUCCUGCUGCCCCUGUGACACCGCCUGUGGCACCUCUGGCUCCCCCUCCUGUGGCCAAAGCACCUCCUGCUGCCCCUGUCACACCACCCAUGGCACCUCUGGCUACUCCUCCUGUGCCUAAAACACCUCCUGCUGCCCCUGUGACACUGCCUGUGGCACCUCCAGCCACUCCUACACCUAAAACUCCUCCUGCUGCCCCUGUCACACUGCCUGUGGCACCUGCAGCCACCCCUCCUGUGGCCAAAGCACCUCCUGCUGCCCCUGUGUCACUGCCCAUGGCACCUCCAGCCACCCCUCCUGUGGCCAAAGCAGCUCCUGGGAGUCCAAUCACUGCCCCAGCUGCCCCCUCUGUCCCUGUGACACCACCCGUGACACCUCUGGCCACCCCUCCUGUGCCUAAAACACCUCCUGCUGCCCCUGUGACACCACCCAUGGCACCUCCAGCCACUCCUGCUGCCCCUGUGACACCACCCAUGGCACCUCCGGCCACCCCUCCUGUGCCCAAACCAGCUCCUGGGAGCCCGGUCACUGCCCCCUCUGUCCCUGUCACCCCGCCCAUGGCAGCUCCAGCCUCUCCAGCUGCCCCUCCCUCGGCCAAAGCUGCUCCCAAGGGCUCUGUGGCUGCCUCAGCUGCAGCUCCAACUGCCCCCACCCCAGCUCCAGCCACCCCCUCUGAGGACAAGGCACCCCCAAAGAGCCCUGCCAAAGCCACCCCAGCUACAGCCACCCCAGCUGCAGCCAAAACUGCUCCCCCAUCCCCUGCCAGCCCAGCUCCUGCAGCUCCACCAGCUCCAGCUGCACCCCCAGCAGCCAAAACACCCCCAAAGAGCCCUGGGAAAGCCACCCCAGCUCCUGCCACCCCCACUGAGGCCAAAACACCCCCAAAGAGCCCUGGGAAAGCCACCCCAGCUCCUGCCACCCCCUCUGAGGACAGGCCACACACAAAGAGCCCUGUCAAAGCCACCUCAGCUACCUCCACUGAGGACAAAACACCCCCAAAGAGCCCUGGCAAAGCCACCCCAGCCACCCCCACUGAGGACAAACCUUCAAAGAGCCCUGGCAAGGCCACCCCAGCCUCGGCUUCCCCUGGAGCAGCCAAAAAGUCUCCCAAGGGCAGCCCUGUCCCUGCCCCAUCUGCUCCUGUGGCUCCAGCACCUUCAGCUCCAGCUGCCCCUGCUGAGGCCAAAACACCCCCAAAGAGCCCUGUCAAAGCCACCCCAGCUCCUCCAGCUGAGGCCAAAACACCCCCAAAGAGCCCUGCCAAAGCCACCCCAGCUCCUCCAGCUGAGGCCAAAACACCCCCAAAGAGCCCUGCCAAAGCCACCCCAGCUCCAGCCACCCCCUCUGAGGACAAGGCACCCCCAAAGAGCCCUGGCAAAGCCACCCCAGCUCCAGCAGCCCCUGCUGAGGCCAAAGGACCCUCAAAAAGCCCUGCUGAGGCCAAGGCACCCCCGAAAAGUCCUGUCAAAGCCACCCCAGCUCCAUCUACUCCUGCUGAGGCCAAGGCAGCCCCAAAAAGUCCUGUCAAAGCCUCUCCCCCUCCAGCCACCCCUGCUGCAGCCAAAGGACCCUCCAAAAGCCCCGCUGAGGCCAAGGCACCCCCGAAAAGUCCUGUCAAAACCACCCCAGCUCCAUCUACUCCUGCCGAGGCCAAGGCUCCUCCAAAGAGCCCUGCCAAGGCCACUCCACCUCCUGCAGCUCCAGCUCCAGCCCCAGCCACGGGUGUCUCUGGUGCCCCCCUAAAGCCCCCAACCCCUCCAAAAGCAGACCCCGCUCCCCCUGCCAAAAAGCAGCAGCCCCCUGCCAAUAACAAGGUGGCCAAGCCGGCCCCUUGCCCCCCACCCAAAGGUGCCCCGAAGGCCGCGCUCGGCGCUGACGAUGAGGACCUGCCGCCUCUGCUCCCCCCCGAGCCGCCCGUGCUGCUGGAGCUGUCCCCCGCCGCGGGGCUCCCGGCGCCCCUCAAGAAUGACAAGGGGUCUGGCACAGAGUCCGACAGCGAUGAAUCCGUACCAGAGCUCGAAGAGCAGGACUCCACACAGGCCACGACACAGCAGGCACAGCUCGCGGCAGCGGCCGAAAUAGAUGAGGAACCCGUCAGCAAAGCAAAACAGAGCCGGAGCGAGAAGAAAGCUCGCAAGGCAAUGUCCAAGCUGGGCCUUCGCCAGGUGACAGGAGUCACCCGAGUCACCAUCAGGAAAUCCAAGAACAUCCUCUUUGUCAUCACAAAGCCAGACGUGUACAAGAGCCCGGCGUCAGACACCUACAUCGUCUUCGGCGAGGCCAAGAUCGAAGACCUGUCCCAACAGGCUCAGCUGGCGGCCGCCGAAAAGUUCAAAGUGCAAGGAGAACCUGUGUCCAACAUCCAGGAGAACACACAGACCCCCACCGUGCAGGAGGAGAGCGAGGAAGAGGAGGUUGACGAAACCGGCGUGGAGGUGAAAGACAUCGAGCUGGUGAUGUCGCAGGCGAACGUGUCGCGGGCAAAGGCCGUGCGAGCCCUCAAGAACAACAGUAACGACAUUGUAAACGCGAUAAUGGAGCUGACGAUGUAGCCGCCGGAGGAGGGAGGAGCCUUUUUUGGUGUUUCAGAGAAGAGUAAAAUACAACCAGAUUUAAAAUUUGUACUAUUUCUAUCGGUUAAUAAAAGUUGUGGCUUAUUGUUGGUGAAA